CCAGUAGGAGGCGCAAAUGCACCACAAAUUGGUUUGUCACUCACCAUAAAAAUGAAAGAAGAACGAUGCGAUGAACGCAACUUGUAUCUAGGUUAUGAUUGACUGGAUUGGUGUAUCAUUCAGGUCCUGAUGGAUGAGAACAAUGAGGAUGAAGAACUGAAUGAAGCGGAGGAGAAACACCAUCAUGUCGAAACUGGAGAACAACCAGAGCCAAGGCCAAAAAAAUCUUUCGCCUGCCCUCAGUGUGGAAAGACUUUCAACUACAAACACAAUCUUCAAGUUCACAUGAGAGUUCACACUGGAGAAAAGCCAUUCAUGUGCGAUUAUUGUGGAAAGAGUAUCAAAUAUGAAAGAAACUUUCAAGAACAUCGGCGAACUCAUACUGGAGAGAGACCCUAUUCAUGUAUUCACUGCGGAAAGAGUUUUGCGAAUAAAAAAACCUUUAAGAUCCACACCAGGAUCCACACUGGAGAGAAGCCGUUCACAUGUGAUCUGUGUGAAAAGAGAUUUACACAAGCAAGAGCUCUCAAAUCGCAUCUGCGUUCUCACUCUGGAGAAAGACCGUUUCACUGCGAUCAGUGUGAUAAAACAUUUUUUACAGCAUUAUCCCUGAGAAAGCACUUGAAAAUCCACACGCAGGAGAAACCUCAUGUGUGUCUGUUGUGUGGAAAAGCUUUUACAGAGCUUGGUUCUUUAAUAGUUCACCAGAAAAGACAUGACGGUCUGAAGAAUCACAUAUGCGGUGAGUGUGGGAAGUCGUUUAUUACGAAUAGUGAACUGAAAGUGCACCAGAAAGUUCACACUGGAGAAAAACCUUUCCAGUGUUCGUACUGCGACAAGAGAUUUAAUCAAACCGGACAUCUGAAAACACAUGAGAGGAUCCACACCGGAGAGAAGCCGUAUCACUGCACUCCAUGCGGGAAGAGCUUCAGUCAGUUCGCUUCUCUUCUCAGGCAUAAAAACACUAAUAUCUGUAAUAAGUUGCAAGGUUUUGACAAAACCUGAUUAUACAUGUUACCAGACAUGAUUUGAACGUCAUUAGACUGAUUGCAGUGGUGUUGGAAGCUAUGUAUAUAACUUAUAUCAACCUAUGAUUAAAGUGACAUGAAAUCAAAAUUGGUUUAUUUUCUGAAUGUAUGCUACUGAACAAUUCAUGCAUGCAUGUUUUUAAUCAAAAUGUCAUAACUUGCUGCAGUUUAGCACAGUUCAUUGUUUGCAAGUACGUCUUCAAGUGUUCUCAUGCUUUUACAUGAUUGAUUCUCUGGAGUUAUAAUAUUGUUUAAGUUGUCAUGUUGGGUUUGGCAUUAAAAUUUGUUUUAUUUAAGAGUAACCAACAGUAUACUAUAGUUACAGUUUGUAGUGCACAUUCAUGAUACAUCUAAAAUUAUACCAGUUUUAAUGUUAAUUCACUUUAUUAUAAUGCAUGUUUUAUAAUUUUAUAAGUACGUUGUAUUUAAAAUAUCGUGCUUUUUUUUCCAUUCUUAUUAACAUUUCUCCAUUUAUAUCUCUCAGAACUUUGUUUUUCUUGCAUACUGAACCGUAUUAUCUCUACGCCCCAGUCCAACAGGUGGCGCAAAUGCAUCAUCGUUUAUUUCUCAAAAUUAAAAGAAGAAUGAGGUGCUGAAAGCAUCUGGUACCUACGGAGCCCCUUAAGGGACAUGGUGGUGGAAGAAAUUAGGGGUGAGAGGAAAAAAUAUUUUUUCAAAUGAUUUGUGUUCUCUUGCAAAGAUAUUUGCGUUCUCUUGUAAAACCAGUUGAGUUCGGACAAACUCUUCCUGUUUACGUUACAGCUUGCAGUAGUUCAUACAGUAUGUUCACAAUGGAGCGGUUCAUAGAGUUUUAUUUUGAACUUGGACUCAAAUAAAAAAAUACGUCAGGGAUUAGUUCAAGGCACGGUUUUGGGACAUUCUAAAAUGCUUUAUGUGACUUAAUGUUUUAAAACAGUGACAUUGGAGAGCCAAAUUCCAUAAUGAUAAAUUCUGCUAAAAUUAUUAGGCUAAUAUUAAUAUCCUUAUUAAUAACGUUAGCCUGCUAUUAAUGAAGCAGGAUAGCCUAGAAUAUCAACGCAACGCCCUGGUCAUUAAGCUUCUGAAGCACAUCAGAAUCCAUGCUGGAGGCCAAACAGACUCGUGUCCACAGUGCGGAAAGCAUUUGGGUCAUACAAAAUACAGCAAAGAUCAUAUGAGGAUCCACACAGGAGGAAAAACCACACACGUGUGAUCAAUGCAAUGUGAUUCAUGCAAAAAACCCACUUUACGGAGCACACGAGGAUCCACACAGGAGAGUGGCUUUACACAUGUGAUGAGUGUGGGAAGGGUUUCACAAAAAAAGCGCACCUCAUGGGACGUUAAAAUCCACACUGGAUGAGAAAUUGCACACGUGCGAUCAGUGCGGGAAGCGUUUCGCACACGCAAGAUCUCUGAAAGCACAUCAGAGUACUCAUUCGGGAGAAAGACUGCGUAACUGUGAUCAGUGCGGUAAGAAGUUUAACUGGCUGUCAGUCCUGAGGAACCAGCAGAAAUUUCACGCUAAUGAGAAGCUUCACAUGUGUUCUUUGUGUGCAAAGGGUUUUUCACAAUUGCCGUCUUUAAGACGACACCAGAAAUGACACAAAAUGACACAAAUGUGUGAAUGUAAAUGACAGUAUGUCUGUGUAAAUCAUUUUUGCUACUCUAUUAAUAAUCCAUAAGUUAAAUCAACACUGACACUGUUCAUAUUCUUAACACAUCUUACUGUGGACUGAUUCUAAACGAUUCACCUGUUUUUUGUUUGUUUAUUUUUGACCAUUUUUUUGUCAUUUACUUUCCCUGUAAUGUGAUUGACGUAUGUGAUGCCGUGCUACUGUUCAGCCAAUCACAUUCAGGUGUGCAACAUUAACAAUCACCUGAUCAGCUGAAUUAUGCUCACUUUAUCUUAGUUACCCCUGUUACAAAUGCUUAAUUGCUGCCCCUGAUUA